AUGCCUAAACCACUUAUUGUACAAUAUACACCUAUUCGUUCUUGUCUAGUCAACUUACCUAACAAGUGGGUAAAUGCUUUAUUGGACCAAAAAAAAGAAGGACAAAAGGUCCAAGUAGAAUUUUGUAGAAAUGUACCUGAAUGUACAACAGUCCAUGUUGAACCAUUGACAGAAGAUGAUUGGGAAAUUUUAGAAUUACAUGCAGGUUAUGUUGAAGAAAACUUGUUGAGUCAGUUGCGUGUUGUUUAUACCCAUCAAACUAUAUGUGUUUGGAUUCAUGGCAAGACAUUAGUUCGUUUAGCAGUAGCUAGUAUUGAACCUAAACAAGAUUAUGUCAAAUUAACCAAUCAAUCUGAAGUCAUUGUUGCUCCCAAAGUACGCAAAUCAAAUCAGUCUGUGGAAGAAGUAUCUGAAUUAAAUAAUCAAGCAAUCAUUCAAAAAACACAACCUUCUGUUCGUUUACGUGCGUGUUCGGUACAGCUGGAAAUGGACAGUUUGUCAGUUCAUGUACAUCCAGAUAGUAUCGAAUCACUUUUGAACUCUAAUGGUGAUAUGCCUUCUGUUAUUCGUUUAACAAAAUUAUUACCUGGGUUUAGUAAAAGUAAUAAGGAGGAGCAACAAGAAUCGGACAAUGAUCAGUAUAGUCCUGUCAAGGCAGUAUUUGCUCGUAUUUAUGUCUCUCUCUCUGUUCCAUUAAAUCAUGUGGUUAUUGGAUCUAUACUGAAAUCUACAUUGGAAAUUAAGGAUUUUGAUAUUGUCAAAGUUGCCACAACAACGAUUAAAAAGAGUCCCCUUGGUUCCUUGGUCUUGAAGCGAUGUGUGAAUAACAGUAAUAACAACAAUACGAUCAAGUUAGGUCUAGAUAAUACACAAACACAACAAAAGCUCAACUUUGAAGCAUCUGUAACGAAAUCAAUACAGACAUGGUUAUCUCAGUUUACUCAAGAUGUUGUACUAAGUCAAGGACUCUUGAUUGAUUUGGAAGUAGACAAUAAAAAAGAACAAUUUGUCACUCAACUGGAUGCUAAAAAGGGCUUUUUCGGUUCAAAUACAGCAUCUGGAGAGAUAGAAUACACAACACUUGUUCCUCAACAAUCAGUCUCAAUUGGAUUUGGCGAACAAGUACAAAAGCAGCCUACGAAACAAAAUCAAUCAAAGCCUGUGAUUGCCUUGGGUGGUGUGGAUACUAUGUUGAGAAAAAUGGAACAGUAUGCAUUAGCCAAUCUUUCCAAAAGAGAUCUUAAGUAUAGCUUAAGCGUGCCUGGUUCAGGGGGUGUUCUUGUUACUGGUGCACAUGGAUCUGGUAAAACAAGUGUUGUUAAGCACAUUCUUAACUUUUGUCAUAAUUACCAUAUCUAUACUAUUGAAAUCAAUUGCUCCGAGAUUGCGGAUGAACGUAUUCCAGUCUUUAAAGAGAUGCUCCAGAAAUGGUUUGAUGAGGCUGCUUGGCAUGGUCCUUCUGUCAUUUUUUUUGAUGAUCUGGACCGUCUUGUGCCUGCUGAAGUAGAACAUGCUGAUUCUACCCGUAGUCGUCAUUUAGCAGAGUUGUUUGUGCAAACAGCACGUAUUGCUUGCCAAAGACAUUCCAUCAUGCUCAUUGCUACCAGUCAACAACAACAGUCUAUCCAUCCUGCUUUAAUUACGCAUCAUAUCUUUAGUGAACUGAAGCAUUUGCAACCACCCAAUCGAGAUGAACGUAAACAAAUCAUACAAACUAUCAUGUCCCAUGGUCCUAGUGUAUUGAGCAGCAGUUUGCCUUCGAUUGAUUUAGUCAUGGUUGCUUCUGAGACGGAAGGAUUUCUUGCUACUGAUCUCAAGGCAUUAAUUGAACGUACUGUACAUGAAGGAGCCAUUCGAAGUAUCAAAGAUAACAAUCGAGAAGAAACAGAGAAAAAAGAACUCAAGUUGAUACAAGCUGAUUUCACACAAGCAAGAGAAGGAUUUGUGCCUUCUUCUUUAAGAGGUGUCAAACUUCAGAGCUCUGGUGUCAAUUGGUCUGAUAUUGGAGGUCUAAAUGAAACAAGAAAAGCAUUAUUGGAAACACUGGAAUGGCCUACAAAAUACGCUGCCGUAUUUGCUCAAUGUCCGCUUCGAUUAAGAUCCGGUGUCAAGGGUCCAGAGAUUCUAAACAAAUAUAUUGGUGCGAGUGAAAAGUCUGUGCGUGAUUUAUUUGAGAGAGCACAAGCUGCUAAGCCUUGUGUAUUAUUUUUUGACGAAUUUGAUUCGAUUGCGCCUCGCAGAGGCCAUGAUAGUACAGGUGUAACUGACCGUGUGGUCAAUCAAAUGUUGACUCAAAUGGAUGGUGCUGAAGGUUUAAAUGGUGUUUAUGUUUUAGCUGCUACAAGUCGCCCAGAUCUAAUUGAUCCUGCCUUACUCCGACCAGGACGUUUGGAUAAAGCAUUAUUAUGUGGUAUGCCUAGCUUCGAAGAAAGAUUAGAGAUUCUGGAAGCAUUGUCUUCAAAAAUGCAAUUGGCUCCUGAUGUAGAUCUGAAAAUCUAUGCUGAAAAGACACAAGGAUUUUCCGGUGCGGAUUUACAAGGUUUUCUUUACAAUGCGCAUUUAGAAGCUAUUCAUGGGACCAUUGAUAUUGAGUCAUUUAAAGAAGCACAAGACGUCAAAUCAAAAGUAACCGAAAAAAGCGAUUUUGUCAUGAAUGCACGUCAAGCACCUCUUACUUUAGCAGAAAAGGGACAAAUAUCUCAAAGGUUGGCAAUGAUCAAAAACAGAAAGUCAAGUCAAACCAAAGUUAUAACCGAAACAGUGACAAAUCAACCUCAAGAAGCUGUGAUCACUACAAGUUACCUCGAGAAAUCUUUCAAGUCUACUCGUCCUUCUAUUACAGCCGAGGAAGCCUAUCGAUUGGGUUUAAUUUAUAACGAGUUCGUUACUGGUAGAACUGGUGAAUUACCAUCUGGUGAAGGGGCAAAAGGAAUAGGAAAGCGCUCAACCUUGGGAUAA